AAUAAGAUACAGAUCUACACAGCAGCAGAUGAACCGAUUAAUCUCUUUGUCAAACACAUAAGCAAAGGCUGAUUUGGAUAAAUAAUCCGUCCAACCCAUAAUGUGUGCAUUUGCUUAGGAAGGGUUUUAUGUUAUGUUUGUCUUCUACGAUAUUGAACUGACAUGUGGUUUGUUAAAAACAGAAAAAGAAAAAGAAAAAGAAACGAAGGAUCGAGUUAGGGUUGAAGAUAGAAGAAAUGGGAGGCGGUUCCAACUUAUGUUUAGUUUUGCAGGUGCUGAUCGUUGUUCAAUUGUCAGCAAGGAUCUCGGGUAUCAGGAAGGAUGUGGGUUUUCUUGGGAAGCAAUUUUGCAGAAGUACAGUCCAAGGAAGAUACUUAGUUUCUGACGAUAGUGGGCAUGUCUGUGACGCUCUCUCCAUAAACCCUCAAUCUCGCUGCUGCCCUGAAACAGGACACAAGUUCUCUUGUCAUGGUUGCAACCUUGUUUCAGAAUGCUGUGAUUCUUACGAGUAUUGCGUUUCCUGUUGUCUACAUCCUUCAAGGAUAAUCAAGGAACAAGCACUGGAGGUCAAGAUUGCCAAGCCUGCUUCUGCAGCGAAAUAUUCAAGUGUGUUUGAUUUCUGUGCCGGGAGGUGCCGGCAUAAUUCUGAGAGUGUGGUACAUGAGAAUGCUUACCGUAGUGAGUUCCAUCACUGUUUUUCUCUGCCUUCAAACUCUUCAGCAGCUGCAAAUUAUACGUUUUUAGAAGCUAGACUGAAUGGCAUUAAUGUUCUUGUUGGAAGGCAAGGUGAAUCUUGCGACUCGGUUUGCAAGUCAAAGGGACAGUCAUGUGUUCCAAACAAGCUUUUGGUACUUAAUCAGUGUGACAUUAUCCAGAAAUAUAUGAGCUGCAAGGGAACUUGCCUGGCCAGUAUUGGAUCAGAUCAGCCUGCGGAAGUUGUUGAUGACGCCCCUGAACAUUUGAAUCCUGGAGCAUGCUUGUAUACCCAAACACAAUCCAUGCUUUCUUGUUAUGGUUCACAUCAGCAUACAAGGAGGCUUUGCCCUUGUGCAUAGAAAAUCAUCAAGAACAGAAAGGAAAAGCAAAGUUGGUAUCCGGCCUUGCUAGCUCUGAAUAUGUUUGCAAGAAUUUAUGCCGACGUCCCAGGCAUGAGCUAUGGUGAUGUAUCUUUGUUGCCUCGUUUCUCCAAAUUGUCAUUCCUUUGUGUGGUCUGACACCGUCAUAUGUACCCCAAUUGCUAGAUUGUUGCUCAUUGUAAGUUCCGCUUGAUGGCGUUGGAGGAUGAGGGCAUAUCAGUAUUUCAUUCUUGUCCAUCAUGACUUCAAGCUUCCCAUCAUCGAUCGCAUUCAUGCAUGUUCUAUGGAAAUGUUAAUUUGUGGCACUGAUAAAAGGUAGUAAAACAUUCUCGGAUAAAGCGACUAUUGGGAAACAAUUCCACUGUAACUGAAUAGAACGGGUGAAUCAGGCGAUGCUAGAAAGUAUAAGGGUUCAGACCACAAUAAUGCACUGCAUAAUCAAAUGCAUGAAGCUCUUCUAAUAAGGACCUUUAAGUUGAUGACUUUUCAGCUUAUCAUACUUUUCGAUCUUAUAUUCACAUCUUAAUCGUUCAGUUUAUAGGUAUUUAUG